AUGUGUUCAGCUUCAGAGCCUAGGUACCUCUAUGAACAGAUACAACAAAGGGAGGCCACUGCUUGGCACCGGUACUCGGAUGAGCCUCCUUGUUAUGACGAUUCUAAGCGCUGGGGUGGAAACCAAGAGGGAUUCCAUGACGAACGGCCUCGGAAUAUGAGGCAAAGCUAUGGCCUUAAGAAACCCGACGAGAUCAAUUGCCGCCCAGUGGCCCUACCUCAGAUUGGCUAUGGAGACGAGCAACCCUUCCUCCGAGGAUAUUCGAGCGACCUCGGCCGAUAUGGUAUCUCCGAGCUGGAGUUCAUCAAAUUAGUAGACACCAUUAAUGUUGCCAUCAUCCCGAAUCCGGAGAACCAGAUCUUUCAAAAAGGAGCGAGUAUUGCUGGUUGGUUCGUACCUGGCGCUGCCGGGAUUGGUCUCACUCUAGGGCAGAUUGGGGUGGGACUUGGCACGUCGCUCGGCCACGCAUCAGCAAUCUCUCGAGUCCUGUCGAGCGCAAAUCUACAAGUCUUUCUGCCAAGGGGGCUAGAAAUCUGCAUUGGAAAGACGCAGGAUGUUGAGGCGACGGUCGGCCUCAACGCGUUUCCAUAUCAACAACAGAAUACAUAUGGUCUAGCGCCGCAGCAACGGCAAAUGCUUUUCGGCAACCGUCUUGCUCCUCUCUCUAGAGUAUUGCCUUCGCUGCAGCAGAGUGGUCGCAACGAUCCAGUUGCCAUGCUUGGCCGGAGCCUCGCCAGUCGAACGAAUCAAAAAAAGAUGGAAAAGGCGGAGAAGGACAUGGCCAAAGGUAAGAAUAAGAGUAUUGACGCCCUCGAAGCAGGAAUUCAAUGGAUUUUCAGUCAUGAUCGACAAGGUCACUUCUCACCUGGAGAGUUUCUCAAUAUGCUGGAGCCUCUGAAGGAACUGAGCCCCGGUGGCGGCGCUUAUCUUAACGAAGCGCAUUACUUGGAGCCUCAAUGGCAGCAAACCUACUUUGGCUCGUUCUAUGAGAGACUGCUAGAGGUCAAGAACAAAUACGAUCCCACUCACCUAUUUGACUGUUACAAGUGUGUUGGAUGGAGGGGCGAGGCAGAGUGA